UCUUGUGGAAGGAAAAUAGAUAAAAUAAAAAGAAUAAAACAAUUAUAUUUUCGUAAGAAUGUAAUCGCAUGAAUCUUGUGGAAAGAAAAUAGAUAGAAGCAUGAAUGGUACCUUUUUGGGAAUUCGCUGCCUUGCUUGCGAGCUACGUAUAGGAAUUUGAAAGGCGCAGCUUCAAUCCAAAGAGUUUGGAGUUCAUUCCAUAUACCUCAGAAUAUCGUACAACGUGCGGUACAAUAUUUCUGACAAUAAAAUUUUUGCAACUUCCAUGUGUCGAAUGAGUGACAACAGCGUGCUUUUCAAGGAAAUAAUUAACAAUCUGCUACUAAUAUCCACCGCGGAGGCUGAGGGGAAGAUGCUCCGGUGAUUCCCAUUCUGGUUGCGGUACCUUCAGCUUAUUGAAGUACAAUUUACUGCUUGAAUAAGAUGGCAGAGAGAAAGCCAGGUGUGAUUGCUUUGUUUGAUGUUGAUGGCACCCUUACUCUUGCAAGAAAGGAGAUAUCUCAAGAGAUGUUACAAUUCAUGCAAAACUUGCGUAAGGUUGUGGCUGUAGGAGUUGUAGGUGGCUCAGACCUAGUAAAAAUAACCGAACAGCUUGGCCAAAGUGUUAUUACAGAUUAUGAUUAUGUCUUCUCAGAAAACGGUCUUGUUGCUUACAAAGAUGGCAAAUUGAUUGGUAAUCAGAGCUUUAAAGAAUUCCUUGGCGAGGAAAAGCUGAAGGAGUUCAUUAAUUUUACUCUUCAUUACGUUGCUGACUUGGAUAUCCCUGUAAAAAGGGGUACCUUCAUAGAGUUCAGAAGUGGGAUGCUGAAUGUGUCACCUAUUGGUAGAAACUGUAGUCGAGAAGAAAGAGAUGAAUUUGAGCAGUAUGAUAAGAUUCAUGGCAUACGCAUGAAAAUGGUUGAAGUGCUUCGUAACAAAUUCGCACAUUUAAAGCUAACCUAUUCCAUUGGAGGACAAAUUAGCUUUGAUGUUUUUCCUCAGGGCUGGGAUAAAACAUACUGCUUGAGAUAUUUAGAGAAUUCUUUUAACGAGAUCCAUUUCUUUGGGGACAAAACCUACAAGGGGGGAAAUGACCACGAAAUCUUUGAAUCAGAAAAGACAGUGGGUCAUACAGUGACAAGUCCUGCAGAUACGCUCAAGCAGUGCACAGAGCUCUUCUUCUCAUAAGAGCUAUCAUUCGUUUUGGCUGAUGGUGGCAAGGAUACGGGAUUUGAGGAGAAUCAAGAACUUUGCUGCUUCUCAACAAAACAUAGACUUUUUGUUGAAAACUGUUUUGAUAUUAUUAAAGGGACUUUUCAUCUCAUGCUUUGCUAGCAAUUUUUUAUAGGCAAUUAACCUAUGUCAUUCAUCUUGCUUUUAAUAAUAAUACCUUGCAACUCUUGUUGCUGGGGAAGAUUUUGUCUAACAUGUAUUUAACUGUUACGAAAAAUGAUACCUUCCAUGUAUUUAACUAUUUCAAUGCCAUAUAUCUUGGCAAGGAAAAAUUUGUCUAUUUUGUUA